AUUUCGAUCGUCUCACAAUCCGUAAGCUCACAAGAAGAAGAUCAUCGGAUUCCGUGGCAACAAUGGCGACGAUGGUGGCCUUGCUCAACGCCAAAUGCCCUUCUUCCUACUCCCUGACGGCCGUCCCAAAGGCAGCUGCUCCCAAGCAGCACCUCCCCCUCUCGCUCCCCCGCCGUCUCCCGGCCGUCCCCCAGCUCCUUUCCGUCUCCAACCCAACAUCCGCCGCCGCGGCCCUAGCCGGCACCGUCUUCGCGGCCCUGGCCACCUCCGACGCCGCCUUCGCCGCGCAGCAGAUCGUGGACAUAGCCGAAAGCGGCAGCGGCGACAGCCGCGGCCUCGCGCUCCUGCUCCCCAUCGUGCCGGCCGUCCUCUGGGUCCUCUACAACAUCCUGCAGCCGGCCCUCAACCAGCUCAGCCGGAUGAGAGCCGAGAAGGCCGUGGUCGCCGGCCUCGGCCUGGGCGCCGCGCUGGCUGGACUGGCGGCCCCUCCCAGUGCGUCGGCGGCGGGCGAGGCGAUGAUGGUGGCCGACGCGGCGUCGUCGAACGAUAGCCGUGGGCUGCUACUCUUGUUCGUGGUGGCGCCGGCCAUCCUCUGGGUGCUCUACAACAUCCUCCAACCAGCGCUGAAUCAAAUCAACAAGAUGAAGUCUGGUUGAUCGAUCAAGUAUGAUCUACUUUAAUCUGUUGGAAUCGGGACGAAGACUAAAUUUACAACUUGUUGUAUAUGUUGUCUCUUCUCAUGGAUAGUACAGAGUUCAUGGUUGUAGAUCUUCUUCAACCUCAAAGUGCUUUUGGAGCUUCUCUUUCCUUUUGCUUAAA